GAGAGAGAGAGAGAGAGAGAGAGAGAGAGAGAGAGAGAGAGAGAGAGAGAGAGAGAGAGAGAGAGAGAGAGAUGUGGUUUGAUCGCCAGAGUCUUUCGUGUUUGCUCCUUCGUGCACAUCCAGAUCGCAGCACCAAGCAAAUGCCGAAAUCCGCCAAGAGCAGCGCUGUCAAGUGGAUAGCCAGUGAUACAGUCUCCCUGGACGAUAGCCAACAGGUCCUUCCCAAGAUCGAGGAGGAUCUUCGGCUCCUCGGCAUCGAGCCGCUUUCCGUCGAUCCCCACAUUUACAUCGUCGACAAAAGCGGCGAAGCAUCGCAAAUUAUCGAUGUGAUCGUGGGCUAUCUCGGCAUCGAUUCCAUCCGGAUCCUCGGAUUCGAUACUGAAACCAAGAUUCGGCGGGUGGGCGCACAGGACUCGAGCCGUGACAAAACCUCGACCAUCCAGAUCGCAUUCUCCGAGUCAAUCGCCGUGGUGUUCCAGAUCUUUCGGAUGUGCUGGGAACGAGAUCCCACAAACAAAUUGUUUCGAAAGCGGCUACCCGAUGGAUCGUUUGAGAUGCGACCAAGCUUUUGCUUCAGCCACACCAAUAUUCCUCAAAACCUCAAAGGGCUGCUGGAAAACAACGCCAUCGUCAAAACCGGCGUCAGCGCCUCAAAGGAUGCCGAAACGCUCCUCGCACAUUACAACAUCAAGGUAUCGAAUCUUGUCGACUUGGAUGUUGCCGUCAAGCCCUUUCGCCUUCCUCGGAGCUCACUUGGAGCACUGGCAUACAUGUACUGCGAUGGCGCUAUCUUGGACAAAUCUAACUCGAACUUACUCUCCAACUGGGACGCGCCUCCAUCCGAGCUGACCCUGGAAUGCAUCCGAUACGCCGCGGAGGACGCCAUGUAUGGACUGCGAAUCUACAAUCGCCUCUUUCGAUUACCGUGUUCCUCCGGAUCGCCGCCAGCAUCGCAUGCGGCGCGAAUGUCGGGCAUCAAACGAGGGCAACAGGAGACUGUAGCGCGGCAGGACCCUGAUUCAGGCUCCUUGAAGAAGCGGAAGAAGGCCAAAUCGUCGCAAUAAGUCAUUGAACCGCCCGGUGGAAUCGUGCCGUCAAUGAGAUGGACCAGCACUCCAGAUGACCGUGGCCUCAGCUGGUCCGUCCUCAAACGAUGCGCCCUGUACUGGCUGUGUUUUCAUUCAUCAGUAUGGCAAAUCGCCAGGAACCUGAUAGAGAGGUGUCUAUGUUGGCUCCAAGGAGCCCCCAGGAGCAUUUCUGGAUAAUGAUCAUACUCAUAUAGCACUCAUGGUGUAGGUGAAAGUACUGAAGCCCAUUUCGUGGCAAUUUAUAGAUAUUAUUGUUACUACCGAUCCACAGUCAAUGCAGAAAAAAGCGGACAGUGUCCCUUGUCUCUGGCAUCAGAGGCCUGAAGCCUGAUGAACUUCCGUUGGCCCCAACGGCGACUGUUUCUGGUCCUGGUUGGCAAUCUCUUGGGUUUCAUUGGUUUGGGAGGCAUGGUCUUGAAUACACUCAGUCGGUCGCUUGUGGCUCACCAA